AUGCCUAUGAUACAGCAGCCUGCGAACCAGAUCAAACUGACCAAUGUAUCACUGGUCCGCUACAAGAAGGGCAAAAAGAGAUUUGAACUGGCAUGCUACAAAAACAAGCUGCUCGAAUACCGCUCAGGCACAGAGACUGAUCUUGACAAUGUCCUUCAAGUUCCCACGAUUUUCCUCAAUGCUUCCAAGGGCGAGACUGCGCCAAACGCCGAACUCGCCAAAGCCUGGCCGAUGCCGGCCUCCGAAUCCUCACACAGUGGCAAGUCGAGCGGCAAGGGUGGAAAGAAGGGCAGGGGAAAGUCUGCAGAUGAGGGCGAAGACGAGAAGUCUUGGAAAGAUUCCAUCAUAGAGGAGAUUCUCAAGAAGGGCGAGAUACAAGUCAAUGCUAACGAGAGGAAAGAAUUACUGGAACGCAUGGAACGAGAGAUCGUUGAAGAAGUUGCCCAGAGAUUGGUCGAUCCGCAGACCAAGAGGGUGUACACCACUGGAAUGAUCAAGAAGGGAUUGGAUGUGCUCACCAAACAAGGCGGACACGUCCCAUCUCAAGACUCACUCGGACAUAAACUCGGCAAGUUGAACCUGGGAGAAGGCGCAAGGAUGACCUCGGGCCUACCGAAAGGCUCCAGCGAGACAAGUGGUCAAGCAACCCCUAUGACUGACGACGACAACGAUUCAACGAGUGCAACAGCUAAGGGCAAGAAGAGCGAUAUGCCCAUGUGGACUGGCGUAGUGACAACAAAGUCGGUCAAGCAGCAAGCUCUCGAAGCGAUCCGAGCAUUAAUAGCCUGGCAACCGAUCCCAGUAAUGCGCGCAAGAAUGAGGCUGCGAAUCACCUGCCCAACAAGCAUUGCCAAACAAUCGGCAAAGUCCAAAGUGGCCGCUCAGGAUGGGGGCACAGAGAACGAACAGGGCAAAGGUACCGUCAAAGACAGGAUUCUUUCAUUCGUCGAACAGGUGGAAAGCCAAGAUACCGCGGGCGAUGAAUGGGAGGUUAUUGGGUUCGUCGAGCCAGGUGCUUUCAAGGCAUUGGGAGAGUUCUGCUCCGCCGAAACAAAAGGCCGAGGAAGACUGGAAGUUCUCGAUAUGGCUGUAACACACACCGACGACUGA